CGAUCUUUUGCCUCAUCCAAUCCAACCAUCACUUCUAGACUACCGUAGAACGACGACAUCAACCACAUUGAACAUGUUGAGAUUGCAGCUACGGCUACUCACCUUCCUCCUGGUGUUGCUAGUAGUAGAGAACCUUGUCUCUGCCUUUACCACUACCCGGCUGGAUAUAUACACGAGUACCAGGCCUUUGUCGUCGACACCAUUGUUGUUUGCCACGAAAAAGAAGAAAAAGAAAAAGAAGAAUGGUAGAACUCCAGGAGGAGCUGGGUUUGGAAGUUCCAUUCCCAAGAAAAAAGCUGAGGCUGUCACGUCCCCGCCACAAUCAACAACUAGUAUGACAACGAAACUCCGCAAAGAACGUCGGCAAAAAUGGAUGGAGGACGAAGAAGAAAUGGCGGUACCCACUACUAGUGCUGCAACUGCCAGGAAAGCACGCCGCCAAAAAUGGAUGGAGGAUAAUGAUGAAGAAGAAAUGGCAGUACAUGUACCCACUACUACUACUAGAACUGCCACUGCCAGAAAAGCAAACCGUCAAAAAUGGAGCGACCGAGAAGCCGAAAAUCGGUAUACACGAGAAUACCACCAACAAUUGGAACUGUCCAAGAAUCCCAAACCUCAACAACUCAUACAACUUUCUCAAGACCCACUCCUCUUUGUGAUUGAUGACUUUAUCGAUCCCGCCGCUUGCCAACGAGUACAAUCGAACGGCGAAGGUUGCUUUUCGUUGAUGUUCCCCGAAUUAAUCGCUGAUUUACUGUUUCAAGGACAAGAAAACGAACUCGAUGGACUCUUGUUCAAUGCCGCCAAUUCGCAGCAACACACAACCAAGCCGGUGUAUCCCGAUGGGCUCCACAUGGAUACCAAUGGACAGUGUCUGUUUCGACACGUCACCUGCAUUUUGUACCUCAAUACCAUUCCUGAGGAGUGCGGAGGCGCCACGGUCUUUCCUUUGGCUCGGGCAUUGCCCAACGAUCCCGCAUUGUUGGCGUCUCAACGAUUGUUGGACGAAAAUAUUAGUCACACCAACAGUCGGGCCGUCCAAGAGGCAGGAUUGACUGCGGAAGCCAACUUGUUGGAAUCCAGGAUUGGAACCAACUACGCGGCCAAUACAGGAGACCAAACCGCCAUCAAAAUCCAACCCAAAGCCGGACGGUUGCUCAUCUUCUUUUCCCGAACCGCCACGGGACACCAAGAUCCACGGGCUUGGCACUCGGGAGAACGCAUAGUCUCGUCGAGGAGUAGUGCUAGGAUCACAGAAAAACGAAUCCUGACGCUCUUCAAGGAAGUCGCAUAUACCGACAAGCCGGGAGAAGCCAAUCCCGGAGUGGCCCAAACCACCUUUGAGGGCUAUUUGGCGCCUCUUAUUCAACAGCAACAACAAUGGCUUCAACGAAAAGCCAACGAGGGGUCGCCUUUGGUGGGCUAUUAUUGAUAUUGAUUGUGACUACACAUAUUCCAACAACACACUCAUAUCCCAAUCCAAGCUGCAGAAGCUCCGCUAGCUUGAUCCAUUCAUUCUUCCUCUUUCAGCCCAACACCAGAAAGUUUCUUCAAAGUCUUCUGGCAUCCAGGGAAAUACCAUCUCACCAAAGAAAAGUGCAGGUUGGGAGUCAUCAUCCAGAGCACUGGUAUGGUAUGCAUGCUCAUAGUCAAAUUCUUUGCCUGUCCUUGCAAGAUCUUGGAAAGCCCGGUGUGUGUGCAGAUUAUUAAGAUGGUACAGGUACGGCACCGUCGUUGGAAGUCAAUUUACUUGGAUCCAAUCUAGCUAGCUAGUGGAACCUUGAUCCAAUCUAGUGGUAACUUCAAAAACUUCAAACUCGGGCACGGAUCGAAGGAACAACGAGCAAGUAACCACUGUUUGCUUGCCAGGUGUUUGGCGGGCCAACGCAGCUGAAAUUUCAUAUUGCGUUUCGUUUCGUGCUACCAAUUGCUUGACCCACCACUAUGAAAUCCCAACUGUCAUUGUAGAAUACUGAUUUAUUGUAGCACCGUUUGCGAUUCUAU